AGUUUCCGUUCUGGAAUGGUGGCUGUUGGUUGUUUUUGAGGAUCGGUUCGUGUCGGUGGGGCCUCGGGCUCUUGUUGAAGUGUUCAGAAUGACGGCAAUCAAACAUGCUUUACAGAGGGAUAUUUUCACUCCAAAUGACGAACGAUUGCUCAGCAUUGUCAAUGUUUGCAAGGCAGGCAAAAAGAAGAAAAACUGUUUUCUUUGUGCUACAGUAACAACAGAGCGACCAGUCCAAGUAAAUGUUGUAAAGGUGAAGAAAUCCGAUAAGGGAGAUUUCUACAAAAGGCAGACUGCGUGGACACUGCGAGAUUUGGCUGUCGUUGAUUCCAAAGAUGCCAACAAGGAGAAUCCAGAGUUCGAUUUGCACUUUGAAAAAGUUUACAAGUGGGUUGCCAGCAGCACAGCAGAAAAAAAUGCUUUUAUUUCCUGUAUUUGGAAACUUAAUCAGCGGUACCUUAGAAAGAAGAUUGAGUUUGUCAAUGUUAGCUCACAGUUAUUGGAAGAACUUCCUAAAGUUACAGAAGAGUCUGUUCCGAGUGGUGAAAAUCAGAGUGUGACUGGUGGAGAUGAGGAAUCCUUGGAUGAAUACCAGGAGCUGAAUGCAAGAGAAGAACAGGAUAUUGAAAUAAUGAUGGAUGGUUGUGAAUAUGCCAUCUCAAAUGCUGAAGCAUUUGCAGAAAAGCUAUCUAGAGAAUUGCAGGUGCUGGAUGGGGCCAACAUCCAAUCGAUUAUGGCUUCGGAAAAGCAGGUGAACAUUCUAAUGCAGCUGCUGGAUGAGGCACUUAAAGAAGUAGAUGAGAUUGAGCAUAAACUGAGUAGCUAUGAAGAAAUGCUGCAGAGUGUAAAGGAGCAGAUGGAUCACAUCUCUCAAAGCAAUGACCUCAUACAGCUCAGUAACACUAACAAUAUGAAGCUUCUGGAGGAAAUAGAAUUUCUCGUGAACUAUUUGGACUUAUCCAAAGGCCAUAUUAAAGCCCUUACAGAUGGGGAUCUUUCCUCUUCAAAAGGUAUUGAAGCAUGCACCAAUGCCGCAGAGGCCCUUCUGCAAUGUAUGAACGUAGCCCUUCGACCAGGACAUGAUGAGCUUCAAGCAGUGCAGCAGCAGCAACAGCAGUUCAAAGAUCUUCGGGAACAAUUUGCCAGGAGACUUGCUAACCAUCUUAAUAAUGUCUUUGUCCAGCAGUUUACUCAGACUCUCACCCUGCACUAUCGUAGAGCCUCCUACCACUCAGUUUCUGGUCAUGAUCAAAGCUCCACCUUGGCCCAGCACUCCGCUGAGCUGACUCUUCCUAAACACCUUCCUUUCCAUCGAGAUCUACUUAGAUAUGCCAAGUUAAUGGAGUGGUUGAAGAAUACUGACCGUGAGAAAUAUGAAGGCUUGAAUAAGAACUAUGUAGACUACAUUUCCAGGUUAUAUGAAAGGGAAAUUAAGGAAUUCUUUGAGGUUGCAAAGAUCAAGAUGACUGGCACAUCAAAAGAAGGAAAAAAGUUUGCUACACUUCCUCGAAAAGAGAGUGCUGUCAAACAAGAUCUAGAGAGUCUCCAUGGAAGUUCUGGAAAACUUACUGGUUCCACCUCCAGCCUAAACAAACUGUCUGUUCAGGGAUCAGGGAAUCGUCGAUCUCAGUCAUCUUCACUACUGGACAUGGGAAACAUGUCUGCAUCAGACCUUGAUGUGGCUGAUAGAACUAAGUUUGAUAAGAUUUUUGAGCAGGUCCUAAGUGAACUAGAGCCCCUGUGUUUGGCUGAACAAGACUUCAUUAGCAAAUUCUUCAAGUUACAACAGAACCCAGCUUUACCAGGAUCUGUAACGGCCGACUCCACUGAUAUAGAUGGGGGACUUCUGUCUCGACAACAUAACCUUUUGGGAGACAGGCAUUCAGUACCAUCUGAAAAAGAGGAGGCAGGCGUUAUUCGAUCAAUGAUGAUAAAAGUUUUCCGCUGUAUUGAGCCAGAGCUAAACAACCUCAUUUCACUUGGAGACAAGAUUGACAGCUUUAACUCAUUGUAUAUGUUGGUGAAGAUGAGCCAUCAUGUUUGGACAGCAGAGAAUGUGGAUCCUGCUUCCUUUCUCAGUACCACAUUAGGGAAUGUCCUUGUAACAGUCAAGAGGAAUUUUGAUAAAUGCAUUUUGAAUCAAGUUAAGCAGAUGGAAGAAGUGAAGAUAUCAAAGAAGAGUAAAGUUGGAAUUCUACCAUUUGUUAGUGGGUUUGAAGAAUUUGCAGAACUGGCAGAGUCCAUCUUCAGAAAUGCUGAGCGCAGGGGGGACUUGGACAAAGCCUACACCAAACUAAUUCGGGCUGUUUACAACAAUGUGGAAAAAGUGGCUAAUGAAAGUCAGAAGACUCCACGAGAUGUUGUGAUGAUGGAAAAUUUUCACCACAUUUUUUCAACACUCUCUCGUCUUAAAAUUGCAUGCCUUGAAACAGAAAGGAGAGAAGCCAAGCAUAAAUAUACAGAGCACCUGCAAUCUUAUGUAAUAUACUCUCUGGGACAACCUCUUGAGAAACUUAAUCAUUUCUUUGAAGGAAUUGAAGCUCGUGUGGCUCAGGGUAUCAGGGAAGAGGAAGUGAGCUAUCAGCUAGCCUUCAACAAGCAAGAACUGCGAAAGGUAAUUAAAGAAUAUCCUGGAAAGGAAGUGAAAAAAGGACUGGACAACCUGUACAAGAAAGUCGACAAACAUCUCUGUGAGGAGGAAAACUUGCUGCAGGUUAUGUGGCAUUCCAUGCAGGAUGAGUUCAUACGUCAGUAUAAGCACUUUGAGGGUCUGAUAGCUCGCUGUUAUCCUGGCUCUGGAAUUACUAUGGAGUUCACUAUUCAGGAUAUAUUAGAGUAUUUCUCUAGUAUUGCUCAAUCUCACUAAAAAAUAAUAUAGUCUGAACAGUAACAAGGGAUCAGGCACCGUUUUACGUGUGUCUGGUGCAAUUUUCACAAAAUGUCCAUUGUUAAAUCCUGUAAAAGCUCCUUGUGGAAGAACUUGACAUUUAAUGCUGGCUUCAUAUUAUUUGUAUAUAGAAAAAUAGAUACUCACCUAAGCAGGCCAAAGCUAAAAAGCAGUUAGUUCUUCUGACACUGCCUUUUAACUAACUUACAUGUACACCGAACAGUACGUUCAGUUAAGGAUGCAAAUGCAUGAUACUGUGACUUGUUACUUCAUAUGAGGGAAGAAUUUCAGGUUAGAAAAAUUUUGAUGCAACAUACUUGCAAUUUUAUACUUGUAGCUAUAUAGAUUGGUAGUAUUCUUCAAAAAAAAUACAGCUUUUUGGCUCUAUCUUAACAUCUAGCAGCAUCUUGGUGUAAAAUAUUUAAUCACAAUUUCUGAGGUAUGGAAGAUCUAUGUUGAUGUUUCUUUUGUGGUAAAGUUUUGUGGACGGGUUCAUAGAUGUUGAAAAAUUAUUGAGCUUUAUGGUGUUUCCAAAGGAAGCUUUCUUUUUUCCAAAGUAAACUACUUCUAACAAUUCAUAACUUAACCAUCUCUUGUAAUGAAAAUGGUUGCCAAAUUCCAGAAUAAUAUAAAAUCUCUGCUGAUCUACUUAUAUUUACCAGUCAGAAUAUAAAGUCUACCAUGAAUUCAAAAUUGCUUAAUUUAAAUUAUCAUAUUAACUUAUAUUGUUUUCACUUUGUUGUGCAAUUUCCAUUGAUUAAUUCAAAUUCUUGGAUGAUUCAUUUUUUGUGUAUUAAAACUAUUUUGAAUUAUCAGUAAACUGUAUACUGGACCAAGAUUGUUAGUUAUUCUUAUAUCCAUCUUGGUUAUUGAGUCAGUCAAGAACUACAACCCCCAGUACUUCCAUAGACUAAAAAUUAAUCAUUAUCUUUUUGAUUUAAUAGCUUGAAAGGUUGCAGUCAUUACUAAAUCCAAAUAAUAGGCAUCAAGAGACAAGUUGAAGAUGGGAAACUGUGAACUUUCCUCUCAUUAGAAGUCUCUUCAUGAAAAAUCUCAUUGCUUCAGAUAAUGAAUGUCACUUAUUGAAAUGAUAUGAACUGCAUUAUUUCCUUUCCUGAAUCAACUUUAAUAGUAGGUAGUGUUUUUCUUUGCUGUCCAUUGUCCUGAUUUGGAAGGUUAUAUGGGAUUACAAAAUAUUAAACAGAUGGAAUAAUUCAUCCUGUUCUUGACUGCCAAUGGAUACUUUGAUUUUUCAAUAAAACCAAUUAAUUAGACUGCAAGGUAAUGCCAUUAAUUACACUGUUCAGGCAUUUUCACAACAUGUUUAUCCUGUGAGCUAAACUGAGCUGUAACUUUAUAGUAAAAGAGUUGCUCCUAUAUUUUUAAAUUUCUUUGGGUCAGUCAUGUCAAAAACUUAAGCCUGCAUUACAACAUCAUUUCACUUAAUGUCUAGCAUGUUGUUUUAUUCAGCAUAAAAUAAAAAUGUAAAAAACACAUGCUAAUUUACUUUUUACUCAAGUGUAUGAGGAAAAAGGGAUAUUAACAUGCACCAGUUCAGAGAGGGAAAAUUGAGCAUAUAGAAUACCAAAGGCAAAUGAAAACAAGAUUUUAUGAAAUACUCUACCUUUCUCAAGAAACAUCCUUGUUGAUUUGUUUAAUUAGAAACACAAAUAUAGAUUUUGGAAUACUUAUGGAAAUUCUUCUUCAGUAAAUAUGAUCCACAUAAAACAAAUUUAGGAUACAGAAUGCAAUCUAGAAAGGCAGAGAAUUAAGGCAUAGCACUCUUCCAAAAAUAUGCUUUUAAUUUUAUACAUCUGAAUCCCACUAACUUGAGUAGAGCAGGACAUUUAUUUUACAAAACAGUGCAAGUUACUGUAGAAAAUCAAAAUUAUUUAACACUAGAAAUGCAGAUAGCACUGGUGUACUCACACAUGAUAGUCUGCAAGUUCCUUAACUUUGAUUUUGAUAUUCCCAAAAUAGAAAUAAAAUGAAGAUACUCAUUUUGACUGGCAUAAAUCUGUUAGGUUAUUUUGUGAUGAAUGUGGUAAUAUGUGCAUUAAUUCUUUAUUAAACACUAAUCAUGACUGUAUAAAAUUUACUGAAAGAAAUGUUCUUAUGCGUUAUUGUGAAAUGGGGAAUUAGGCUUUAAAAUACCUACAAAUAUUAACUACAGUAGUGCAUAAUCCAAUGUUAAAAUUGCACUAAAAAGGUAGUUCCUUAAUCAUAAACAGACAAAUGAUAAUUCAUGUAGCAGGCAAUAUUCAGUAUUUCAGUACAUUUAUUAUAAUUGAGCAACUGCCUUUUUAAUGCAGAAAUUAUAACAAACGUGUCUCCUAAAUCUUAAACUCAAUUCCUAAACAAUGGAAUUUUAUUUCAGUAUCAUAAUGUGUCUUUGGAGGGUCUAACAGAUGACAGGGAGAUAUUUCAGUACAGGACAUGCUGAUGAAGUCUGAAGUGAUUUUUUUAUCGCAUUAAUUUAAAUAACUUGACAUGCAUUUUGUAUGCAGGUAGCACUUUUGUUUCACAAGCAUUUGAAUGAAACUGCAUGGUUAUUAAGUGUUAGUAAAGGAAAAUUUAUAUAUUUAAAUUAGCUCCUAUCUGAGAAUGUAUUGACUCCAUAUACCUUUCUGAAAAUUUCCAUGUUCAUUUGCAUUAUGACUAUAUUUAAGCUUAUUAACAUUAAAAGGAAUAUCAGGAUAUUUACAUUCACUAAGGUGUUCGGAUCUGUUACUUCACGUACCUACUGAUAAUGUUAAGUAUGCUUUUACAUUUUGUAUUCAAUAUUACUCUGGAAAAUUACUGUUGGUGCAGAAUCCUUGUUUGAGCUGUAGAGAUUGCUAUUGAUAUUUUACUUUCUGAGUUGGAUCAUGUUGUCAAUGUCUACAACAGGAACCUGUCAAUUUGCUUUGUAAACAGUAAUAUUCUGUGAAGCAACUGAUGAAGUGUUGAUCUCAUAACAAUGUAUCGUUGCAUUAAAAACACUAUCAAUAAAAGAAAGUAAACUUC